AUGAAAAUUGAGGAGCUGAUUAUUGAUGGUUUCAAGUCAUAUGCAACAAGGACCGUCAUAUCAGAUUGGGAUCCACAAUUCAAUUCAAUAACAGGUCUGAACGGUUCCGGAAAGUCCAACAUUUUGGAUGCGAUAUGUUUUGUCCUUGGAAUUUCAUCUAUGGCAACAGUGAGAGCCUCUUCUUUGCAAGAUCUGAUCUAUAAGAGAGGUCAAGCCGGGAUUACGAAGGCAAGUGUUACAAUAGUAUUUGACAAUUCAGAUAAAUCGAAUUGCCCUAUAGGGUUUACAAAUUCUCCUAAAAUAUCGGUAACGAGACAAAUAGUACUUGGCGGAACAUCAAAAUAUCUGAUAAAUGGGCAUAGAGCACCACAGCAAUCAGUUUUGCAACUUUUUCAAUCAGUACAGUUGAACAUCAAUAAUCCGAAUUUCCUCAUAAUGCAAGGUAAAAUUACAAAAGUUCUGAAUAUGAAACCAACAGAAAUUCUAUCUUUGAUAGAGGAAGCAGCAGGUACCAAAAUGUUCGAAGACAGAAAGGAAAAAGCUGAACGUACUAUGGCUAAAAAAGAAGGAAAGCUACAAGAGAACAGAACACUACUAAAGGAAGAGAUCGAACCUAAACUUGAAAAGCUGCGAAAUGAAAAGCGAAUCUUCCUAGAUUUUCAAGAGACUCAAACAGACUUGGAAAAAACUGAAAGGAUAGUAAAUGCAUUCGACUAUUAUUACAUGAACAAUAGGAGUAAAAACCUUAAAGAUACCCUGGAAAUGUCAAACAUCAGGUCCAAAGAGCUUGGUGAAAUGAUUGAGAAAAUUAAUAAUGAAUUGGUUAGUCUAAAUCAGGACAUGAAAGAUACAAAAGCUGCGCAACAACGGGAAGUCAAUAAGGACGGAAAGUUAGCCCAAUUCGAACAAAAAAAAAGCGAUCUUCUAAGUGAAAUCUCAAGAAAAAAGGCAUCCCUAGCUAUAUGUAUGGAAAACUUUGACGACACAAAACAAAAACUGAAUUAUUUGGAAACAUCCAAGAAUGAAAAUGAAGUAAAACUUUCAACCAGAACUCAAGAUUUCAAACAGGUUGAAAAGGAGUAUAAAGAGCUAAGUGGUACUUUGAAUGAUCUCAAAGAGGCUCACAAAGGCAAAGAAGAGCUAUUGUCGACGUUAGAAACGGGUAUAUCCUCUUCAGGCACUACUGCUGGUGGUUAUAAUGAACAGUUGAUCUCUGCCAAACAGCUACGAAAUGAAGCUGAAAUUGCUAUUAAAAAGCUGAAAAUGAAAAUUGAUCAUCUGCAGAAGGAGCAUGCAGCCAAUCAACCUAAACUUACAGAUGCCAUAAAAGAGAAUGAAUUCAAUCUGCAACGUGUUAAAGAAUAUCAACAAGAAUGUGAUGCCUUAUCAAAUGAGUUGUCGAAAUCGGGCUACAACCCCAGGCUAGUGGAAGAAUUGAAAGCGAAUGAAAGUAGGAUAAAGCAGGAGAUUUAUGCUUUGAACAACGAGAGUGCAUACCUUGAAAGAAGAGUUGCUAACGUCGAUUUCUCAUACUCAAAACCAUAUGCAUCAUUCGAUUGCAAUUCUGUCAAGGGAGUUGCAGCUCAGCUAUUUGAUCUUCCGGAAAACAAUUAUGAGAGUGCAACGGCGUUGCAGGUAUGCGCCGGAGGGCGACUUUUCAACGUCGUGGUGGAUAAUGAGAAAACAGCAUCGGAACUUCUUGAAAAAGGAAGACUGCGAAAGCGAGUGACAAUUAUUCCUUUGAAUAGAAUCUUUGCAAGAACUUUAAAUAAUGAUGUUCUUCGAUUGGCCAGACAAAUAGCCCCAGAAAAAGUGGAACUCGCUCUAAAUUUGAUUGCUUAUGACUCCGGAGUAUCGAAGGCAAUGCAAUUUAUUUUUGGCAGCAGUCUUAUUUGUAAAGACGCAGACACAGCAAAAAGAGUGACAUUUCACCCUCAAAUCCGAGUAAGAAGUAUAACUUCGGAUGGUGAUGUUUAUGAUCCCGAAGGCACAUUAUCUGGUGGGAGCAGAAAUAAUAAAAACUCAAUUUUGAUAGACAUUCAGAAAUACAAUACUGCCAAAAAAAGAAUAACAGAAUUGGAAAGUAAGCUAGAAGCUAUUCAACGAGAGCUUACGGAACAGGAAGACGUAUUACAGAAGAGCAAAAAUUUACAAAACAGUUUGAACAUGGCUACCCACAAGGUGACAUUAGCUAGAAGGAAUGCUGAGAAUAACAAGGGUAUUCAAUUCAUAAAAAGGGAUGAAGGAAUUGUAAAAGAAAUUGAAGGGUGUGAAAAAGAAAUAGAGAGGAAAGCAGCAUUUGUUAUUGAGCGUGAGGCCCAAAUUGAUACAAUUCAGAAGGACAUCAAAGAAUUCAGUAGUGAUAAAGGAUUGAAACUAAAGCAAUUAAAGCAGGAAAUAGAAAAACUAGCUGUUAAAAUCAAAUUUUUAGAGGAGGAGACAGAAUUGAAAUAUGAUCGACAUCAAACGCUCCAAUUGGAGACUGAACAAUUUGCAGCAGACAUUGCGUCCGAAGAAGAAUCAAAAAAAUCUCUAUUUGAUAGUGUUCAAGCGCACGAAACUGAAAAGUUGCAUAUCGAAAAAGAUCUCAAGUGUCUUGAAGAGAGCUUCAAAAUCAAUGAAGCUCAUCUAAUCGAGGAGGAAAGGCGUCUUGUAGAGAUAAAUGAAGAACUCAAGGAGCUUAACGAAAUUAUAAAACAAAAGUCAGAGUCACGAUCCAAAUGUGAACUGGAGCUGCAGACGUUAAAGAAUGACUCCAAUAAAUCCAAAAGCAUUACAGAAAGUCUCGAACAAAAAAUGUCUCAUCUUCUAAGUUCUCAUGACUGGCUUGAAGAUCAUGCUGUAGUUGCAAGUAUCGUUCAACAAAAUGAUGGAUUGGACUUACAACAAUAUAGGCAGCGUGUUUGUCACCUUCAAGAAAAGUUCCAAGACAUGAGACGAAAGGUGAAUCCCAACAUCAUGAGCAUGAUCGAGAACGUUGAAAAGAAAGAGUUUGCAUUGAAGACCAUGAUAAAAACUAUAGAAAAGGAUAAGGUCAAAAUUCAAGAGACAAUCGAAAAGUUGAAUGAAUACAAGAAAGAGACUUUGAUUAAAACAUGGAAGAAAGUGACAAAAGAUUUUGGAAGCGUCUUUGCUGAUUUACUACCCAACUCAUUUGCGAAGUUGGUACCUUUGGAGGGGAAAGAGGUAACUGAGGGAUUGGAAGUAAAAGUUAAAUUGGGAAAUUUAUGGAAGGACAGUCUAGUUGAGCUAUCUGGUGGCCAAAGAUCUUUAAUUGCACUAUCAUUGAUCAUGGCACUUCUCCAGUUUAGACCGGCACCAAUGUAUAUAUUGGACGAAGUUGAUGCUGCUCUGGAUUUAAGCCAUACUCAAAAUAUAGGACAUUUGAUAAAAACAAGAUUCAAAGGAGCCCAAUUUAUUGUUGUAUCACUGAAGGAAGGUAUGUUCACAAAUGCAAAUAGAAUAUUCCGAACUAGGUUUCAAGAUGGGACAUCUGUCGUCAGUGUAAUGUAG